AUGCCUAUUAACAUUAACCUCGUCAACGCCCUGACUCUGGCCAUGUCGGUCUCGCCUGCCGCCGCCGCUAUCAAGGGUUUCAACUACGGUGCGAAUUUCAACGAUUACUCUGUCAAGACGCAGGCAGAUUUCGAGGCUGAAUUCAAGACCGCUCAGGGUUUGGAGGGAACUGAGGGCUUUACUAGUGCUCGUUUGUACACUAUGAUUCAAGGUGGAACUACCAACACUCCCAUUUCCGCCAUUCCCGCCGCCAUUAAAACGAACACUACCCUUCUCCUCGGUCUCUGGGCCUCUGGUGAUACUUUCAACAACGAAGUCGAGGCCUUGAAGACCGCAAUCUCGACCUACGGUUCCGAACUCGCCAACUUGAUUGUUGGUAUCUCUGUCGGUAGCGAGGAUCUCUACCGUAACUCGGAUAUGGGCAUCAAGGCCAAGGCCGGUAUUGGCAAGAACCCCGAAGACAUCGUCAACGGCAUCAAGGCUGUCCGAGCAACCAUCGCCGGCACAGCGAUUUCCCAUGCCCCCAUCGGUCACGUUGAUACCUGGACUGCCUGGUAUAACACAUCCAACAAAGAUGUUAUUGAUGCUGUCGACUGGCUCGGUCUUGAUGCCUACCCAUACUUCCAGAACACCGACUCUAACGACGUCACUAGCGGAAAGUCUCUCUUCCUGGACGCCGUCAACAAGAUCAACUCUGCUUCCAACGGCAAGUCUCUCUGGGUUACCGAGACCGGUUGGCCCGUCAGCGGUAAGCAGGAGAACUUGGCCGUUGCUUCUGUCGAAGCCGCAAAGACCUACUGGGACGAGGUUGGAUGUGGCUUGCUUUUCGACAAGGUCAACACUUACUGGUACAUCCUCCAGGAUGCUGCCAAGUCCACUCCCAGCCCUAGCUUCGGUAUCAUCGGCUCUGAGCUCACCACAACUCCUCUCUUCAACUUGACUUGCCCGGCUAUUGUUUCCACUUCUGCUACUAGCUCUGCUACUUCCACUGCUUCCAUGGGUAGCUCUACAGGUCCUUCCACCCAUACUGGCACCUCCGGCGCCGCCGCCACUGGUACUGCCGGCACCUCUGGCACCCCGGGCUCCGCAACCAGCCCCUCUGGCACAACCGGCACCGGCGCUUCAGGAAGCUCUGCAACCAAGCCUGCCUUCACCGGCGCUGCUAAUACCGUCUCUGCUUCUGUGGCCGGCAUCAUCGCAGCCAUCUUCGCUGCCGUCGUUGCUUUUUAA